GUGGGGAGGGGAGGGCCAAGCUUGCGGGCGGCCCAUUUGGAAGUAAGUCACCUUAUUGUUUUUUUUCCCCCCCGGAUUGGUGUUUGUGGAAGAGGGUGUUGGAAGGUCGAGAGUGCAGCUAUGAGCGAGAAUGAUGGUGUUGAUCCUAUAGAAAAGGAAACGAAAGAAUCUGCAGAUGAACCAGAGGCGGAAGCUGCAGCAACGCCAGAGGCGGAAGCUGCAGCUGAACAAGAAUCGGAGGCUAAAGCUGAGGUGGAGAGUCCAGAUGCUGCAGAAAAUGAGACAGCAGCUGAAUCAGAUGUGGAAGUUGCAGCUGAACCAGAUAAAGCUGCUCCUGAACCAGAUGCAGAGGCUACAGCUCAACCAGAUGAGGAUGCUGCAGCUGAACCACUUGCAAAGGCAACAGCUGAAUCAGAAGGAGAGGCGACAGCUGAACCAGAGACGGAGGCAACUAUUGAACAAGAAACAGAAACGCCUGCUGAACCAGGUUCACAGAAAGAAGCAGAAGCCGAGCCCAAAGAUGAGCCAGAUGUGCCAACAGCAGCUGAAGCAGGACCAGAGCUGUUAGCCAAACCUGAAUCUGAGCCAACAGUUGAAAGUGAACCUUCUGUUACAGCUGCAGUUGAUUCUGUCAUUCAGCUUACAGCUGACACCACAAAACAACCUUCAGCUACCCCCUCAGAUAUAGUUAAGAUGGCCCAGGAGCCUUUACCUUCUGAAGACAAAUUUUCAGCCUGUUUUGAAGAUCCUUAUAUUCAAUCUGUGCGUUAUAUGGAGAGACACAACAUUCUACAGAUGUUUCAGAGAAUGACUGAAAAUCUGGUAUAUGAAAGACCGGACGAUCCCCUUGAGUUUAUGUUACAUCAGGUACAAGCGUUAAUCUGGAUGCGUGAUAAAGAAAUCUGCGUCGAAUAACCUCUUUCCAGCAAACUGUUGCGAUAAAGGCAUUUUGAAGGAUCUGCUAUGUUUUGCUUUUUUAUCAAGUCCUCCCUUACUGUUUCCAUUACUGUAGUAUUAAGUGCAGAACAGUGUACAAGUGCAAGUGACAAUAAUCACAAAAUAAUUGGUUGAGGUCGAAACUUAUUACCCAGCAGAAAGGAAGAAAAUCAGGUCACCUCUAUUUGCAUUCAUGUAUAGUUGCAUGUUUUUGCUGCUACAUUCUUUAGUUUUCUGAAAAGCAAUUAAAUAAGUGAAAACAUCCUCAUUUUGCAUGUCAUGUUUAUUUCUAAUUUUGCUAGUUUUGUUUAUUCUACUUUGCUUUUCUAAUUUUGUUCCUUUUAUAUUUGUGAUUUGAACUUUUGUUCGGUUUAGCUUCAAGACACCUGAGCACCUUCUGGUAUCUUUUACAAAUAGGCAUUAGCUAUACGUAAUCCUUGACAAUGUGUGCCAGUCAAUUUCCAUCAAUCCACAGUUGUACAUGUGCAAGAGAAAUUGUUGGACUGUAAUCACUAAAAGAAAACGCUGUACAGUUUUCCUACCCUAACCUGGAUGCUGACACCAGUUCUAAGCUUUUCUAUUGCUGCCAUUUCUGUAUGUUUCUAUGUUUAUAUUGUUGUUACUUCUGUAUUUUGAGAGCACGGAAUGUGAACCUGCGUAAGAAGGGCAGUAGUGGGAGGCAGAUAAAAAAACAGUGCGAAAGAGGGAGACCCAACGCACGGAAAGCAGACCAGUGUGAGAAGGGCAGCAGCGGUGGGGAAUAAAAACCGAGAGCAGAGAACUCCUUCAACUUGUCAGAACUGAGAAAUGGCAACACAGGAAAACAUGUUGGCAGAAAUUUCUUCUGUUCCUUUUGAUUGGCCAAGUGGUUUAAAUGAGGACACAUUUUUACAGCUGAAGAUACAGAUGAGAAAUUCACUUUUAAAAUAUUCAGCAUCCAAAUUAAUUAAUUAAAUAGAACAGAGGUGGCUGGGCAGGUGAUGUGUUGCAGCUGUAGUCUUCAGUGUGAUCCAUGGUGACUACAUCUGCAGCAAGUGUUGGCUGCUCAAAGAACUUUAGCUCAGAGUUGUUGAACUGGAAUCCAAGCUGCCAACAUUGCAACACCUCAAGGAGGCAGAGAGAUACUUGGACACUGUUACAGGAGGUAGUCACACUCCUUUGAUUAAUUGCAUUAAAUAUGGUCCAUGGCCAGGAACAGAAGGGUUUGGUUGCAAGUGGGACAGAUUUAAGGAUACAGAGUUAAGCUUUGGAGGAGCCUCAGCCCAGUGCCAUUGUCCAAUAGGUAUGACGUUCUUGCUUCCAGUGUGGAUAAGGGCAGACUGCAGGGAGGAUGGGCAAACUGAUAAUUGGUUCGGACUGCCAUUCAAGUCAGGGAUGAAAAGAUAAUUGCUGUAGUGUUAGGGAUAACAUUGUUAGAAGAAUAUAUAUUGUUCUCUGCAGCAAACAUGUAGAGUCCUGAAGGCUAUGGUUGUCUACCCAGUGCCAAGGUUAUGGGUUGGGGAGGAACUUGGAUUGGAAGGGGAAUGAUCUAGUUUUGGUAGUCCAUGUAAGUGCCAAGGACAUAGGUGGGUUUAGAAAAGAGGUUCUUCUGUGGAAUUACGAGCAGCUGAGACUUAAGUCAUAUAGUAGAAUCACAAAGGUAAUCCAUUCUCUGUAGCGAGCCAACCUUCUAUCUAUGUCAAUAUGUUACACCUACAUUGUGAGCUUCUACUUCUCACAAUAAACACAAUGUCACUUUAUUGAAUGCCUUUUGGAAAUCCAGUACAGUAGUUUCCCUUUAUCUACAGCCUAUGUUCCUUCUUGAAACAAUUCCAAUAGGUUAAUUAAACAUGGUUUUCAUUUAACAAAACUAUGUUGACCAUGCCUGAUUACCUUGAACUUAUCAAAGUGCCCUGCUAUUAUAUCUUUAAAGAUAGCUUCUAAAAUUUUCUUUAUGGAAGAUGUUAAGCUAACUGGCCUGUAGUUUCCUGCUUUCUGUCUCCCUUUUUGAAUAAAGGAG